AUGGGUCGUCCGAAAAAAUCUAAAGCAGCUAUUGUAGCUAACUUGAACAAGAAAAAAGUAAGUGCUAAAAAUGAAACGAAAAAUGAAAGUAAGGAUGAAUAUGCUUCAAAAUUAAACAAUUCAAGUACAUGCAGUGUUAAAAGUAAUACGCAUAAUGUAAAAGAAGUGAUAGUAAAUGUGUCUGAUGCCUGUGGUAAAAUUUCAUAUGAAAAGACUAAUGACAGUUAUACACCAGAAGCUAUUUAUCUACAUCAUAAGAAUGAGAAUCACUAUGAAGUGGUUGAAGAUGUUGAGAGAGAAGAACCAAUAGUUAUUGAUGAUAAAGAAACACAGUUAUCAGUGAUAAAGAGUUGUAAAAAGAAACGAGGUAAUAAAUGGUGUCAAAGUAAAAAGCGAACAACCUAUUUUAAAGAUUAUAAUGUAGAUAAAAGAAAAAUGAGACCAAAAAUAGAAUUAAAUGUAAAACAUGUUUUUCGAAUUAUUUAUAGACCACCAAAAUAUAGAUUAGAAUUGUUUAAGCCUCAUUUAGAACAUUUUUUAACUGAGUUACAACAGUGUGGUUAUGAUUAUAUUGUCAUGGGAGAUUUUAAUCAAAAUUUGUUAGAAGGAUAUAGUUCAAUAAGGCAUUGUUUUGAAGAGUUUGGUUUUAGACAAUGUGUAACAGACAGUACAACAGAAUGCAAUUCAUUAUUAGAUCAUGAAAAGUUAGAAUAUGAUCACCAAAAGAUGAUGGGUAGGGGGGACCAUUUACCUCUGUGUAAGAAUUAUUAUGGUUCAAACUUUGUAGACAUCAUUGUACGCUAG